AUAGGCCUAAACACGUACACAUGCACGACAUUGAUAUAUACGCUAUGCGUGUUGUUACUAGGUAGGUUGUGCUGCAUGCUAUUUGAUAAUGCGAUUAAGAGACAGAGGAAAAGUAAUGCCGAAAAGGGAGGACAGCAGCCAGAAGAUGACAAAACACACCAAAAAGGAUCAAAGCCAGUGGGUUUUCCUUGCUCCGGAGAGCGUCGUGAGUGAUAGCAACAGUGAAGAACAAGAUGUGGCAUUUGUCAAACUGAAACAUCCAAAAACAGACAAAGCAGCCAUGUUCCUGUUCAGCAGCGACGACAGCACAGUGCAUGAGCUCCAGUCCUUCAAGGAGAAGCACAGAUCCUGGUUCAUCAACGACACCGUCCAAGAAGAUGGAUCUCUCAUGAUGGCCACUGUAAUAGAUCCUCUGUUUCUCAUCCUGCCAUACCUUGAGAAGGCAGACAGCAGAGGGAAGUACAUGACGCUGGACCAGAUCUUGGAUGAUGUAGAUUACCCACAAUGCCACAGACUAGUCAGGUGCUCAGGGGUGUCCGACCUGCACUGCAUAUCCAGUGUCAGAGGUGCCUCAGAUGUGCAAGCGUACCGUUUCGACCGCGACAAGACUCUAGACUGGUUGAAAGCCAAGACGGAGAGGUUAGCAGGGAAACUGGAGGAGAAGGAAGUCCAUGUGACAUCAGGAGCACACGCUGCCACAUUUGUCAGGAGCAGUAAAGGCAACAAUGCCACCAAAGAGGACUACCUCAGGUAUGCAGCCAGCAUGAUCUCUGACUACGUCACAUCCGACCUCAGUAAACAGCUAUUCGGUCAUUUGGGAAUUAAAGAAGUCACAGACAAGAAGACGGCUGAGCCGGACACGCCUUCAUCAGAACCUCCUGCCAAGAAAGCGAGGUUGUCUACCGCAAAUGGGGAACCAGAGGAAGAUUACAGCAAGAACUUUAAUGGCAAUGCAACGACUUCUGAGAAGUCAAAGCCCAAGCUGACAGCGGCACAGAAAGCUCUCAGCAAAGUCGACAAGUCGGGUAUGAGAGACAUCGCCAGCUUCUUCGGGAAACCCAAGAAGUCAAACUCAACAAAAUAACUCCAAAUUUAUAAGUAAUAAUACAAAAUAAACAGACUGUGCCCUGUGGAUGCUCUGUGGAUAAAUUUCGUGCUAUCUGUGACCGCCCUUCCCAUGGCAAAUACGGUGCAUUUUUCAGUUUUUAUACCAAAAAACAGAGAGAUUGGGCAUUUUUCAAGACUGGUUUUUACUUCUCUCAAUCUGAUUUUCUCAAUGGACAGUUUUGAUCUGAAGAUUAGAUUGUGCUGUGGUUGGCCUGUGUAUGCUCGUCCACAAUCAUGGAUACACAGUUUGAUCCAUGUAUAGACACCAAUGUGAAUGAUACAGAGCUUCUGAUGUCUUCCUUGAAUAUCAAGUUCAUAUUAAAACAUCAGUACUCUUUAUUCUUAGUUGAGAAUUAGCUCGCUAAUUGAUUUGUGUAUAGUCUCAAUGUAUCAAUAAAGGAUUGUUGCUAUGGGAAGAUG